AUGGCUCAUCGGACUCUUGAUUCCCUGAGUUUUGGCCAACCAAGAGCAGGUCAAAGUCACACACACCAAGUUAUCGAUGUCAAAGAAUCUUUGGAAAAACAAGAAGAUCCAAAAACGCCAGAACCGCAGUGCCACAAUGUACUCGAUUUAACAAAGUUUCUUGAAAGAACCAUCAAUGUCUCUAGUGGGGUUAUUGAUAGUGCACUUGGUCGCAAGCGUACAGCACUUGAUUUGUUACGUAAUCGUUUCCCUUUCCCGGACAACUACACUUUCCCGGACAGCUACUUUUUCUCGGGUUACCAUGGACCCCCUCAGCCUCAUUCACUGUCGAGUAAUCAUGAUCACGCCGCAGGAUUAGAUCUCGCAUGGCUCUUUGCAAUCUUCAACACCAUUUUUUUCAUGAAUGCACUUCCAACCAAUACCAGAAUCGAUCGACAAAUCAGUGUAAUCUUCGAAUAUGAGCUUAGGGUUACUCUCUCCGAACAAGGAGAUAAUUUCUUCUCGAGGUUAGCUUUUGUCGACAAUGUUCAUGCCGGUUUUAAGAAGAGGGUCGAUAAAAAGUUUCUACCUCCCACAAUCGACGUCCCUUCUAGCGUCAUUGAUCGUUUGGGUGCCGGACACGUGGAUGUCACUUGGGAGGAUCAAGUUGGUAGUCUCUUGGGGUCAAUGAUCGAUCUCUUUAUACAGUACUACAGUUGUAGACAGGAUGAAUGUUGGAAUAACAAAUACACUCAUGGUAAAAAGCACAGAGGGGCAGCGUGGCAAAUCAUCGCAUACCGUUUCGAAAAAUCUUCAACAAUGAAAAAACCCCAAGAGACAUUGGGAAGUCCUAUAAAUUUGAAAAGAAAGGAAGAUUAUGAGUGGGAUUUGAAUCAUUGGAGUUCCAGAGAGCUUGACAGCCUUGAGAGCAAGUUACUCUGCCACAGGAUUGAGACGUGGGGCUGGGCACCUUACAAUCAACUGUCGUGUGUAAGAGCUGUUCAAGAGAGGAAACGAAGCCAGGCUAGAUAUGAAGAAAGGCGGCAGGCUAUGGUUAGAAACGAACGAAUGCGGCAGGAUUUGACUAGAGAUGAAGAAAGGCCGCAGGCUACGGCUAGAGGGCCAGAAAAUCAUACUGAACUGGGAGAGUCUCAAUAUGGAGGUUCAGAUUCUCGCUCUAGAGAGGAUGGAUCUCGUUUUGGAAGAAUCAGAUCUCCGUUUAGAAGUUGA